AUGGGGUUCACAUUUCAAAACCAUCACAAGUUUGAUGAACUUAUUUCCGGAGAUUUCGUGUUUUACUUACAUUUGAUGUAUGGAAUUUUACAUCUCACAAACGUAUUGUCAAAGCAUCUUCAAAAAAAUGAUCAAGAUAUUUUAGAAGCGGCUUCUUUGGUUAGAGGGACAAUGGACGCAUUGAAGUCUUUGAGAGACACAGGGUUUGCUAAACUUUUAUCGAAGUUGAGUGAGUUAUACAAAAAAGAUUUUGAUGAUGCGGAGAGGAUGCAACUUGAUGGUGAACUUGAAAUAUACUAUCACACUUUACAUAAAGAUGACCGGUUCACUAGGUUGCAAGGAAUUUCCGACCUUUCUCGUUUGAUGGUGGAAACGGGGAAACAUCGGUCGUAUCCUAUGGUUUAUAGGUUGUUGAAGUUGGUUUUGGUUUUACCCAUUGCAACCGCAACAGUCGAUAGAUGUUUUUCAGCGAUGAAGUUGUUGAAGACGGAUUUGCGUAACAAAAUAGGUGAUGAUUUUUUGAACGAUGCCAUGAUUUCUUAUGUUGAAAAAGAAGCACUUAUGAAAGUGAAGAUCGAAGAUGUAAUGGAUCGGUUUCAAAAAAUGUAUACCCGUAGAUGUUAA